AUGGCAGCCUCUUUCCGACUCAUGCGCCAAGGCGCUGCCUGCUUGUUGUCCGGAAGGACACCAGUCCCGCUUACAAUGCGCGCUACUACCGUGCCAGGCGUACCACAUCCUGCAGUUUGUGCCACCACCAUCGAUGUUGUCCGAGGCUAUGCCACCACGCCCACCAACAUCUGCGUCCCUGAUCAGACCGAGCUAGAUUCUUCCGUCGCGCGAAUCCUUCCACCAUCCCGCUACGAGAAUAGCUCACCCAAGGCUAUCAGCUAUGAGCAGGCGCGCUCGCUGCUGUCAAAGUUGCUCGUCCAGCUCCGUACCAUAGCUGAUUUAUCAUCUGCAUCAGAUCGUGAAGCCUACCAAGCAUCAGUUGAUGAAGAUAUCAUUGCGACCAUCAAGGAAUGGGGACAUUGUGCCGAAGACCUCACACACUUGGCCAACACGCUUGUGUGCGCCUCCAACGAUCCUCGUCGCCAGCCGCUAUCGUACCGUCUUUUUCAAGUUGCACACCAAGCCGGAUCAGACGAUGCUGGAUACUACUGGGCCAGCAUGGUGCUGCAGAACACUGCACCCCCGCCCCCCUCAGGUGACUCGAAAGCCAGAGUACAGCAAGCUGUGGAACUAUAUCAGCAGCUCUCAGCGGCAGGCAACGCGCGUGGCUUAGCUGGUGUCGCCAAGCUGCUGCUACAGCGUGUCCAAAGAGGGCAAGUCGACAAAGCACAACGGCCAGCAAUGAUCGAACAAGCCGUCAAACUAUACACACAAGCGGGCGACAAGGGUCUCGCAGAGGCGUGGUACGAUCUUGCAUCGCUCUUUCAAGAAUCGCGCUUCAACCCGCCGGAUCAGGAACGCGCACGCAGCUAUCUGUCUAAAGGCGCCGAGCUCGCUCAUUCGGGCUGCCUGUUCGCUCUGGGCAUGGAGCAUCUACUCGAUACAAAUACUGGGAACAAGUCACAAGCAUUUCGACUCUUCAAGCAGGCUGCAGAGCAAGGAGAUGCGCAGAGCAUGUUUCAGGUCGGCUCGUUUUACUUUCUGGAUCGCGAUAAAAUGGCACAGCAUCCAGAUGUGAGAGCAGGUGACAAAACCAUCAAGCAGGCGCACAGGGAUACUUUUGGGAUCGAUGCUGAUGAUAUCGAAGCGAGAUUCUGGCUCGAACAAUCUGCGCAGUCCGACUAUCCUCCGAGCAUCUUGCAGCUCGCGACUCUGCUUGGUCAGCAUCGUGCGCUCGACCCGGGCACUCAUCAAGACCGUCGACUUCGCACCAUCGAUGCUGCGCAAGCAGAUCAGCUCUCGUACGCCUUGUUGGCCAAGCUGCUUGCCAUUCUCAAGACAUCAGGCAACGUGCCCUCGCUUCCCUCCCAAAAAGGUCAGUGGUCUAACAGUCAGUUCAACAGUCUCAUCCCUCAGGCACAAGCCAUGUACGAAAAGAUGGCGAAAAAAAUAAGCGGGUCCAGUGACAAGGAGCAUUGA